UUGCCUGAGCAACAGUUCCUCUCGCUACUGGCCUCAAUUUGAUUCUGCUCGGUUAGUGAGAGAACAUUCUCCAAAUUCUGCUUCCUAACAAAUUAUAUAUAUAUAUUUUUUUUUUCCCGAUGUGGAUAUAUCAUUCACUCAUUCGAUUAGUAUAAUGAGGGGUUUUGGCUUUGAAGCCUGUUUAUUGUCGUUGACACAGCUAUGCAUCCUCAGUUGCACAUUGCAAACAGUUCUUACGCAGGAUGCUUCGCCAUCAGCAUCUUUAAGGCAGAGAAUGCCAUGGCAACACAACGGGCAGGUGUUUAGUAUACUUAGCCACGGUUCUGAAUAUCAGCCAUCGGGACGAAGAGACCGAAAAACAGGUCCAGCUCAACGGAAUCACAUAGUUGUCGUUAUCAACAACAAUAAUGAGACGGCUGAAAAGACGAAUGUGCACAGAUACCCUGCGCCAAGAGGCUCUCCAAGGCGGCCAGCGCCGGGUGUGCAAUUACGCACCGCGCGUCGACGUCCUAAUGGGGCGAUUAGACAUGAAAGACCCCAAGAGAACCGGGAGACUGCUUCAAGACCUGGCCAUGAUGCAGGCGAUGGAUCAAAUCCCACCGACGACAAACCCACAUCUACUAACUCUCCACCACUGACCAAUUUGAGAAGAGAGGAUAUGAUGGUUGGAGAUGACCCGAACAACCCCUAUAAAUCCAUUGGUUAUAAUCCCUAUAACCCCUAUUAUAAUUAUUAUGACGCUUACUACAGACCUAGAGCCAGAAGCAGAGAGCCGCAUGGCUAUGGCACAAGUUAUCAUCAACACGGAGGUCUCCCUGACUUGGUGCCAGAUCCAUACUAUAUUCAAGUUUCCUCCUAUAUCCAGAGGGCGCCCAUGUACAAUCUGAGAUGUGCAGCCGAGGAAGGUUGCCUGGCAAGUUCUGCUCAGGGCGUGGCCGACUACGACACCCGGGUGCUGCUGCGGUUCCCCCAGCGCGUGAAGAACCAGGGCACUGCUGACUUCCUGCCCAGCAAACCUCGCUAUGCCUGGGAAUGGCACAGCUGCCAUCAUCACUUCCACAGCAUGGACGAGUUCAGUCUGUACGAGCUGCUGGAGCCCGGCUCCGAGAGAAGCGUGGCCGAGGGACACAAGGCUAGCUUCUGUUUGGAGGACACGUCAUGUGACCCGGGAUACUACAGACGCUUCGCCUGCACGUCUCACACUCAGGGAUUGAGUCCUGGAUGCUAUGACACCUAUAAUGCCGAUAUUGACUGUCAGUGGAUUGACAUUACUGAUGUGACACCUGGGAAGUAUAUCCUUAAGCAACACGAUGUGAAUGAUUCCUAA